GCCGCGAGCGGGCGGCCACCAACGGCCAGCUGGACGGACGGAGGAGCGACGCAAGGGCUGCUCAGCACCCCUCUCUUGGGCGACGGACCGGUCAGGGCCGGCAGGAGCUGACUAUCCUGGAGCGGCUGAUGCUGGAGCAGACGGAGUCGGCCGCCGCCGCCGCCGCCGGGCCGCCCUCCAUCUUCGACCCGGACACGCCAGCCGACCGCGCCCUGCCGCGCUUCGUGUCGCUAGAGGACGACCUGCAGGCCUCCAGUUCAGACUCAGACUCAGAUUCAAACUCAGACUCAGACUCAGAACAGGAGCCGAAGCGUUCGCCCGACUCGAAAGCAGCAUCGCAACCAGACCCGGUGCCGGAGGUGGGGCCGACGCCGGAGCCAGAGCCGAUGCCGGAGAUGGAGUCUGCGCCGGAGCCAGAGCCAGUGCCGGAGAUGGAGUCUGCGCCAGACCAAGAGCCGGCGCCGGAGAUGGAGUCUGCGUCGAAGUCAGAGCCAGUGCCGGAGAUGGAGUCUACGCCGAAGCCAGAGCCGGUGCCGGAGAUGGUGUCUGCGCCGGAGCCAGAGCCGGUACCGGAGAUAGUGUCUGCGCCGGAGCCAGAGCCGGUGCCGGAAAUGGAGUCUGCGCCAGAGCAAGAGCCGGUGCCGGAGAUGGAGUCUGCACCGGAACCAGAGGUGGUGCCGCAAAAAGAGUCUGCGCCGGAACCAGAGCUGGUGCCAGAAAGAAAGAGUGCGCCGGAGCAAGAGCCAACGCCGGAACUGAAGGCGGAGUCAAAGAAGGAGUCUGAUCCGCCCACCGAGCGGGAGCCGCCGCCGGAGCGGGAGCCGCCGCCGGAGCGGGAGCCGCCACCGGAGCAGGAGCCGCCGCCGGAGCAGGAGCCGCCGCCGCCGCCGCAGCGCUCUGACCUGGAUCUGCUGGCGCAUAUCUGCGAGAGCGAGAGCAAACAAGCGGCCGCUCAGCAGGUCACGACCAAAGGCGGUGGCGAUGCGCAGUCACCGCCAUCUAACGGCCGCCCGGAGAGGGACGAGUUCACGUCGAGCGCCGAUGAUGGCAGUGUGGCAUCGGCGACGGAGGUCCCUGCCGAGUCGGUGGAGGGCGUGGACAGCUCGGGCCGCGUGCGGAUCGUGCUGGCGGACGGCACGGCCGUCAUCGCCGACCUCGGCGACCUGGACAUGCUGGAUGACCCAGUGAUGGCCGAGGGACUGGAGGCGGAGACCAGCGCCGAGCAGUAGCCGCGCGCGGGC